AUGGCGAAAGUUUACCACCAGGCUAUCGCCAAAAAAUAUGGCCUUUUGAAUAAAACAGUGAGACCGUUUGAGUACCGGCCAAGUAGCAUUCUUGAGAAUGAAAGCUACAAACUAUAUUGGGAUACAUUUAUCACGACGGACCGGUCAGUCAAGCAUAACAGACCGGACAUCCUACUUCAUGAUAAGAAAGGAAAAACAGUAGUGAUUAUAGACGUCGCUAUCCCAGCCGAUGACAACCUCAGCAAAGCCUUCAUCGAAAAACUUACGAAAUACCACGAUCUGGCUUUCGAACUGAAGACCAUCCAUAGCUUACAAUCAACAGCAAUACUACCUUUGGUCAUGUCAACCAAUGGUUUGGUUGAGAAACAUCUGGUUGAGAACACACAGAGACUGGAAUUAGACAAGGAGGUGAUCAGCACUGCCCAAAAGGAAGUAAUCCUUGCUAAUACAAGAUUGGUUAGCACCCUUGGGAGGGAUUCGAUUUUGUUAGCUCCUGUAACACGAAGUAAAACACAGGGCGGUAGGGAGGCUCAGACCGACUCCCUUCGGAACCGUCCAGAUGACCGGUCUGGUGGAGGUACGUGUGGAGCAAGCGGCGCACCCCUCCGAGAUGGCACCGCAAGGCCAAAUCCCGCUUCUCCGCAAGGAGAGAGCCCUGGCAGCUUGAGUGUACAAACUGUUCACUCCGCUGAAAGAAGGCAGCAACGGGAUAGGCGAACGCGCUGGACAAGGAAUGAUAAUUGCAUGGUUAUGCGUGCACACUUUAUAGCAAUGGACCUUGCUGACACUCUGAAUACCACAUAUAGAAACUUGCUCGUCCGAAUUUGGAACGACAUCUUUCCAGACCGACCAACGUACGCACAACUACUCUCCAACAGGGCUAGUUGUUUUCCUGGUACCACGGUGCAGGAAACCACGGACCCAUCAGAAACAGUUGGGAGAAGGUCGAGUACGGGAAUUCGAAGGAGUGGCCUUUUCGUCAGAGAGCAGGAGGAGGUUGCGGUUGAGGCCUGUUUGGCAAGCAAUCUGAUGAGGUUUGCAGGUUUGGCAGCGGAGGACAGACCUAAGAUUCCGCGGCUGAAGUUCUCUAAGGUGGUUCAUGAUGGGGUACAAAGGGUUAAUUCGGGCCUGCUGGAGCGCGUAGCGAGGGUAGGAUCACUGAAGGAGCUGGUGGGCACGGUUUAUGCGGGCGCCGCAACGGUCUGCGAAUUACUCGGGCAGCGGAUCGAGCAAUAUCAAGAUACCCUCAGAACAACCAAUUUACCUCCCUGGCGGCUGCGUCUGGAAAAAAAUAUCACUGGCUUGAGAAAAAAAAUUGGGGUGAUUCAUACUUACCUCAACUCUGUAACACCAAGCGCUAAAGUCCUUAGAGCUGUUAGGAAGGUGGCAUCUGAAGCUCGGAUCAGGCGAAGGGACCCUUCCUUCAGGGAGAAAGUAGCUGUUGUUUCUGACCAACUGAAACAGAAAAUUAAAGCGUUAGGUAACCGAAUCAGGAGAUACAACGAAAGAGUCAAGCGCCACAGAAAUAAUAACUUAUUCAUCAAAAAUCAAAAGCAGUUCUUUCGAGACUUGGAGGAAGGAGAAAGGGUGGGCGAUGGUCAGUUGAAACCAGAGGCUGCGCACAGUUUUUGGUCUAAUGUGUGGUCUAGGGAAAGUGUGUAUGAUGAGGGGGCAAACUGGAUAGGGGAGGCGCAGUCGAGAAUACCCGGCGGGGUGAUGGACGACGUUGGGGUACAGCGAUCGGAUGUGAGCGACGUGCUGCGGCACUGUGGUAACUGGGCGUCUCCGGGACCCGAUAAACUUCACAAUUAUUGGUGGAAGUACUUCACGAGUGUGCAUGAGAAGCUGGCAGCACUUCUUCAGGAAGCAUUGAACAACCCUUCCACGGUACCGGAAUUCUUCACCAUGGGGAUCACAUACCUUAUCCCAAAAAGUAAAAAUAGUGAAGGGCCUGGGGACUACAGACCGAUAACGUGUUUGCCAUCAGUAUACAAAAUACUUACAGGAGUGCUCGCGAAAUACAUCAACAAACACCUCAAAGAGCAUAACAUGAUGGCUGAGGAGCAGGGCGGGUGCCGAAUGAAAACUAAGGGCUGCAAGGAGCUUCUUGUGAUAGACAACAUUAUCACCAAGCAGGCGCGAAAGAAGCUGAGGAGCAUUUCCGUUGCCUGGGUGGACUACAAGAAGGCAUUUGAUUCUGUCCCCCACACAUGGCUGCUGAAAGUACUUGAGAUGCACGGAAUAUCUCAAAAAGUAAUAGAGCUGUUGAAACACCUCAUGAAAACCUGGAGGACCGCGCUCUCUAUGCGAUCGGGGAAUUCUGCCAUAAGAUCUGAGCAAAUAAAAAUAAAUCGUGGGAUAUUUCAGGGCGAUACACUGAGCCCUAUAUGGUUUUGCCUGGCGCUUAACCCUCUCAGUCUCAUACUCAAAAACACCAAGUAUGGGUAUGUUAUCAGUAAGACCAGACAAGUUGCGAUCACCCACCGCCUUUUUAUGGAUGACCUGAAACUGUAUGGAGCAAACUCCGAACAAUUGAGAAGGAUGUUGGAAAUAGUGGCAGCUUUCAGUGAGUCCAUAGGGAUGGAGAUGGGACUUGAUAAAUGUGCAGUGCUGGAUGUCCGAAGAGGAAAAAUUCAAGAUAGGGCAGAGGGAGCCACAUUGAUGAAUAACAUAACGAUACCUGACCUGGAAAAAGAUAUCCCGUACAGAUAUUUAGGGAUAAAACAAGCACUUGAAGUGAAAACACCAGAGAUGAAAGAAUCUUUUCGAGAGAAGCUCAUGACUAGGGUUCGUUUACUUCUUAGAGCCAAGUUGAAUUCUAAAUCUCUCUUCACGGCCGUCAACAUCUGGGCGAUCCCGAGCGUGGCCUACUCAUUCGGUGUCAUCAGCUGGUCCGCGACUGAGCUCCGCGAUCUGGAUGGGAGGGUGCGAUCCCUUUUGACAAAGUAUGGAGUGCACCACCCCACUCUUCAGUUAUGCGACUUUAUCUCCCAAGAAACCAGGGUGGAAGAGGGUUGA